UUUUCGUCCAUAUCGUAAAGAACGAGAGCUCGGAUGCUCUCUCGUUGUUCUGGCUACCACCGCCUUCGAGGCUAAGAAAGGGUAAGGAGCAAAGAAAAAGAAGGCGUGAGAAACCCCGGUGACUGUGCGUGAAGAGAGGGGGAAGGAAGGAAGAAAGAGGGGAGCGAGAGAGACAGAGAGAUGUUCCUUGUGGAGUGGCUGUACGGGAUCCUGGCGAUGCUGGGGCUGGCGGCCAAGGAGGCGAAGAUCCUCUUCUUGGGCCUCGACAACGCCGGAAAGACGACCCUUCUCCACAUGCUCAAAGAUGAGAGGUUGGCGCAGCACCAACCGACGCAGUUCCCGACGUCAGAAGAACUGAUGAUCGGGAAGAUCAAGUUCACGGCGUUCGAUUUGGGGGGCCAUCGGAUGGCCCGCAGAGUCUGGAGGGACUAUUACGCUAAGGUCGAUGCAGUUGUAUAUAUAGUGGAUGCAGCAGACAAGGAGCGAUUCCUUGAAUCCAAAAUUGAACUGGAUGCAUUGCUAGGAGAUGAAACUCUAGCCAACGUUCCAUUUCUUGUCCUCGGAAACAAGAUAGACAUUCCUUAUGCUGCUUCGGAGGAUGAGCUACGUUACCAUCUAGGCCUGGCAAACUGCACUACCGGCAAGGGGAGAAUUGAUUAUUCCAAUACCAACAUCCGGCCCAUAGAGCUCUUUAUGUGCAGCAUUGUCCGCAAGAUGGGUUAUGGUGAUGGUUUCAGGUGGCUGUCGCAAUACAUCAAAUGAAGGUUUUUUAGCUUGUAAAGAUGAUAAAUAUCAAAAUACCUAUCUCAUGGUUGUAGUUUUGUACGGUUGGCAGGUAUGUGGAAUUGAUUCUGAAGCUUCAUGUCCUAUAAAAUGUUUUUUGUUCCUUUGAGAAAACUAUAAAAUGUAUUUUUCAAUGUAUAUAAUUUCCAGAAAUAUAGUGUUCUGAUGAUGAUUAGCAGUUUGUU